AUGGGCAGACAGAGCGCUUCCGAGGUGGUCUUCAUCUGUCUAAACCACAACAUAACGCUUGUAGGGAAGAUAUGGUUGAUCCUGAUGAUUUUACUGAGGAUCCUGGUCCUGCUCUUUGCAGGAUACCCCCUCUACCAAGAUGAACAGGAACGCUUUGUGUGUAACACCAUCCAGCCGGGCUGUGCUAACGUCUGCUACGACAUCUUCGCUCCUAUCUCUCUGUUCCGCUACUGGCUUGUUCAGCUGCUCGUUCUCUGUCUCCCAUACAUCAUCUUCGUUAUCUACGUCAUCCAUAAAGUCACAUCACGCCUCACCGUCGACACUACUGACCCCUCAGAUAGAGUUAGAGCUGAACCGCUCUACCAGAUCCAGCAGGAGUCAUUCGGGAAGAUGGCCCUGGCCAAGACAGCUGGCAGGAGUCAGUGCUUCACAGGAGCAUACACCCUCCAUCUUCUGUUCAGGAUACUGCUGGAGGCCGGGUUCGGGGUGGCCCACUACUACCUGUUUGGGUUCUAUAUCCCCAGGAGGUUCCUGUGCCAGCAGACUCCCUGCACCACUCAGGUAGACUGCUACAUCUCCAGGCCCACGGAGAAGACCGUCAUGCUUAACUUUAUGCUGGGGGCCGGAGCCCUGUCGUUAUUACUCAACUUGGCUGAUCUCAUCUGCGCCAUCAAGCGCUCGGUGAUGCAGAAGACCAAAAGGAAGAUGUUGGUGGAGAAGAUGUACGAGGAGGAGCAGUACUACCUCCCCUCCAGCGGGGGGAGCAGAGGCGUGGAGGCUAACAUCCCUCUACUUCCCCAGAACCCGGUGGUGGAACCUAUAACCUUCCGGAAGAGAGGGGCCAGUAAGUCCAGCACUGCUGACCAGGGAGCCUAUCCCCAUCUGGGGGAGGCUGAGAACACCUCUGCCCUUCGCUGUGGCUCUAGUUUCUCCUUGGGGCAUCCAGGCGCCAACACCAAUGGGAACAACCUCUACCCUGCAGCCCAGGAGGAGGGCCCCGAAGCAGAGGGGAGCGAGGUGGCUCUGUGCCCUGUAGAGCCCAUCGGGACACCCAGGUCCAUCAGGGUUUGCAAACGCAGUCGCCUCAAACCGCCCCCGCCCCCACGACGGAACAUGUGCCCCCCAACGGCAACCGCUGCGGGCGUCCCACCAGGAACAGCGGUGUGCACCAGGAGAGUGGGUCAGUACACCCUGGUAGAGAUGACAGCCUCGGACUUGCAGUCCAACACCAGCGAGGGCCAGGAGAAGAGGUCUGAGUGGGUUUGA